AUGUCAGCAGAAAUUAGUUUGAAUGAAAUCAAGAAGCACAAAAAUAAAAAGAGUACGUGGAUGGUUAUUCAUAAUCAAGUAUAUGAUGUUACAACAUUUCUGGAAGAGCAUCCAGGUGGAGAAGAUGCACUGUUAGAAUAUGCAGGUAAAGAUGGGACUCAAGCAUUUGAAGAUGUAGGACACAGUGAAGAUGCCAGAGAAGUAAUGAAAAAGUUUAAGAUUGGUUCACUACCACAAGCUGAGAAAGUAAAUGAUGUAGCAAAAAAUUGUGGCGGCGGUACUCUGAAGUGGUCAUUAUUGGCCCUAGCUGGAGCUAUCAUCAUUGCUGUUGUACUGAAGAAAUAUAUGAGUUAA